AUGGCGUCGGCGGAGGACGUGAGGCGAGAGGAGGUGGAACUGGAGAAGCGUAGGGCCGAUGCCGUUCUCACGGCGUGCAAUCUCGGCAUCGUGGAAGAGCUCGAGCGCCUCCUCGCCGAGGGCGCGACGUUCUCUUGCCGUGACAAGACCGGCGCCACGCCCCUCUUCUUCGCCGCCGCCAGAGGCCACGCCGACGUCAUCGACCUGCUCUGCGCGCACGGCGUGGACCCUAACGAUGAUGAUUCCCUGGGUCGCACCCCGCUGCACGCCGCCGCUGCCCAUGACCGGGCGGAUGCGGUGCGCGCGCUCAUGCGGAGGGACGCGUGGAUCGAGGCGCCCGAUCACGCCGACGACACCCCGCUGCACCUCGCGGCGAGGAUGGCGGGCGUGAACACCGUCGAGGCCCUCCUCCGACACGGAGCCAAGGUCGACGCCAUCAACAAGCUCGGGCUGACCCCCCUG